GCAGAGACAGGCAGAUCUCUGAGUUUGAGACCAGCCUAGUCAACAGUGAGUUCCAGGACAGCCAGAGCUGUUACAUGGAAAAAUUGUCUCAAAAAGGGGGUGGGUGGCAAAAUACCAAACCCAUGGGUACCUCCUAUCCCAAAGUCUACCUGUUCCAUCCCAGCACUCAGUGUGGGAAACUAGUUUCUGUUCAGCUGAUGCCUUAGGAGAAAUUCUGGCCAUAGGGCAACCAAUACCAAAUGAGAAUGUGUAUUCAACCUUUCAUGUCCAUUGUUUGGAGGAUAACAGAAUGGUCAGAGGUGACCAGCAUCAGGUAAGCAGAGAUAGAUGAGUGGUAAGUUUUAGACUAAAACCUAAGAAAAGUCCUAGUCCUAAAUGACUUCACGUACUUGCCUCCCAACAGUGCACCAUCAUGGACUUGUAGCCAGGUCCACAGCCUUGGUAGUAAGAACAAUAGUCAGGGUACGUGUGGGGUUAUUACUGAGAGGGUAUAACCACCUUGAUACAAGGAUGGAGGUUCACAGUCAGAGCUCCUAGGGCUCUAGGGCCCAUAGUGAGGCAAUAGGAAAUAGGAUUGGCCUCGUGGGCACAUGCUAACACAAAUGAAGACACAUGCUCAGUGGUAAUACUAUGUUGAUGAGUACAUUACACAUUCACUUGCUUGGCAAUUUCACUUUCCUGCUAUUUAGGAUAGGGUCUAGAUGGACCCCACUUACUGCCCUAGACAAUGCAGUCUGUGCUCCUCCAAUUUCUGGUUCCUCUGCCAGCUGGGAGUUGACUCCCCUUGAGGUCAGGCCUGGAAGAAGGCCAGGUCUGAUAGAUUCCUAAGGCCUCACAGCACAUUUGCCUCAGGAUAUUGACUCUUCACUGGGUAGCCUUGGUGAUCUCAGAGCUUGGGUAUUCCCAGGAACCCUCUGAAGAUUGUUCCUAGAACAUCUGGGGCUCCAGCUUCCUAGAGGCAGCAUGUGACACAGAGUCAUACUCUACCCAGAUCACUUGGGCUGGGCCUUCAGCAGCAUUCUCUCCUCAGCACCCUCAUGCCUGCUACAAUCCUAGACACUUCCACCACCACCAAAAGACUCCAUCUCCCUCCUUAGAUCAUUAGGUACCUACCCAUCUUCCCUCUGGGCCCCCACUCUCCCUCAAUCCCUUACUUCCCUGAGCCCUAUUUUUGGUUCUUAGUACUCAUGGAAUUAGAUUCCUCACACUUAUGGAAUUAGGCAGAGGACCCUCUACCAGAGCUCAGGUUCCCUCUUCUGAUAGGACAUUGUCUACAGGUUCCCACAAUCACCCAUAUCUUAGCUCUCCUGAAAGCUGGCCUUAAGGAUAAGGAUAUCUAGGAGCAAAUGUGUGGCAGUUUCCAGAGAUCUGGACCAUUGGGUGGUCAGAUACCUGUAGGUAGUUGAGUACUUAAGGCAAUCCUCCCACAAAGAUAUGGUCCUCCUAGCAAUAUACCCUCCCCACAGGCCUGUGUGAGCUCCCAUCUCAGGGCCCUACAGUUCUCUAUGCCAGAAAACAACUAAACCUUAGAGGUAGGGAAGAACCUGGACUAACCAAAGCGAGUGGGAAAAAGUCCACUGGAGUUAUUGAGUCUGGUCAACAAGGAUAGCUCAGCCCGAUGAGCCUGGAGUAGACCAGGGGCUGCCUGUGGUACUGCCCACACUUCCCAGUCCAUCCCAUUCCAGUGUGACACUCCCUGCCCCAACCUUAAAUGCUACCAGCCCUUAAGACUUAACAUUCUGUGUCACCUGGUUAAAGCUUCUUGAAACCCCAUCUUUUCAAGCAUAGCUGAAGACUAGGGGCUUCCUUUCUGAGGUAUAGUACAAAUGGUACCCAAGCAGGUACCCACAAUCUAUUGUGACUAGCUGGGUCCCUAAUAUUCUUGACUGAUCCCAACAUCUAGGCUGUGGCCCAAGCCUGCCUAACCUUGACCUUGCACCCCUACUUCCUGGACUUCAAAACAAGAAGUUCCCCCAAAGGCUGCAGGGUGCUGAAGCAGCAGAUGGGGGUCUUGCAUGGAGCAAUUGUGAGAAUAUGGGUGAGAUGGAAGAAGAAAGAACAGGACGUUGGUGGGCACAGAGAUGGGGCGUAAGAGGGCAAACUGGGCUUUAUCUGAAGAUGUGCUAGGUUCAGUGAAGCAUCCCUGCUGAGCACUUUGGGAUCAGGUGGCACACUUGGUUUUCCAGAGGAGAGGCAUUGAGUACCUGGACAUCUGUUCUUAAUCUGAAGUCUUAAGACAAGAGGCCUGUGCUGAUCCUAGACCUAUCCUGCCUCUAACCCUUCCUCUGGCUCCCCACCCGUUCUGAGUCUGCCAUGGAAGAGAACAGCCAAUCGCUGAUGAUCAGGGCCACACCCCCAGCCACCAUGUCCUGGAGGGUAUAAAUAAACCUGCUUCAAAACUCAUGGCCUGAGAAUUCACACCUGUCUCAGUCAGCCACCUCCUGGAUGAACACGGGGAUCAUACCUCCACUCCCACAUACACACAGAAGAGGUGUGCCGGCCAGACCAGUGCCACCGGAAGGCUGUCGGCUGCUAGCCUGUGGAGGAGCACCUGCCAGGUGGAGCAGAGGUUGAGUCGGAUCUGAAGAAGGGAGAACAAACUUUACUAGAGCUGUUCAGCCUAGAGACAAAGGGUUUUGCUGUGACCAGUGGAGAGGACCAUGCCCAGGAACUGCUGACCCCAAGCUACCAGUUCGGAAUCAUGUCAUCAGGCCAACGGGUGUGGCGUACAGCUAUGCCACCCUACCGCCAGAACAGCUCCACAGCCUCAGUGCCCAGGUCCCCUGGCUCGGGUGGCAGCCCCAAGUCCCCCAGUACUCCUGGCUCAGUGAAGGUGGCCUCCCCAUUGGAGUGUUCCAUCUGCUUCUCAGGCUAUGACAACAUUUUCAAGACGCCCAAAGAGCUUUCCUGCUCUCAUGUCUUCUGUCUUGAGUGCUUGGCAAGGCUGGCAGCUGCCCAGCCUGCAGGCCGUCCUGGCAGAGAAGCCGUGCCCUGUCCAUUCUGCCGACAACCCACAACUGUGCCUGUCGCUGGGGCUCCUGCACUGCGCACCAGCCGUCAGCUACAGGCCAAGCUGCCAGUACACCUACAGAAAGAGGAGCCUGUGUGGCUUGAGGGCACCAAACUGUGUUGCCGCCCCUUGCCCACCACUUCUGACCAAGAGGACAGUGGCUUUGUGUGUGUGGACGUAGGCCUGAGCAAACCAGCUGAGCCCACCCUACCUGCACCUGUCCAAGACCCUGCGCCCAAUCCAGGCUGGCUGGCCCGCUGUUGGGCACGCUUUAGGGACUGGCGUCGUGUAGCACUGGUUUCUGUGCUGUUGCUAGUGCUAUUUUGUGUGAUACUCUGGCCUGUGCAGUGUGCACUCAAAACUGGAAAUCUGCGUUGCAUUAACCGACCACCUGCAGCCACUGCCACCGCCACUGCCACCACCGAUGAUGCCCUCUCCUUUGGGGUCUUAGCCAACAACUAGGGUCACUACUUGGGCCAGGCCAGCUAUUCCAACAGCUCCAUGGUGACCCAGUGAGGUCAAGAGUAUAGCAGCUUUUGAAGAUAGUUGAUCCCCCAGAACCCCGUUUAGAACAUGUAUGUGUCCCUUACUCUCCAGGACUAGGUGCCAAUGAGAUCAAAAGAGUCCUCAAAGCCUCCAAGAACUACAGGCUUCUAAAGGCCCCAGAAACUGCCCUGGGACCCUAUCAUACAGAUGGGCAAAGGAACCCAGGGAUGUCUGGUCAGGUGCCUGGCCUCCCUGAACACAACUGAAUUGCCAAAACAGCAGGAGUUUGCCAUCCUUCCUUUCUUAAGACAUUGCUGGGGACUCUGAGCAGCUGGUUCUCUAUGAAUGAAAAUGAAAAGGCAGGACACCUUUUGCCCAUGCCGCAGCGCCACAGCAGGAACUUGCCAGCUAUCCAUGGCCAUUAUGAAUGGUACAUUUUAAAAUAAAUUAUUUUGUAU